AUGUUUCUAUCUACCUAUCUAUAUAUCUAUCUCUCUGUCUAUCUAUCUCUCUAUUUAUUUAUCUGUUUUUCUAUAUCUCUGUCUAUCCAUCUCUGUAUUUAUCUAUCUCUGUUUGUCUAUCUCUCUAGUUAUCUAUCUCUGUAUCUAUCUCUAUUUAUUUUAAUCAUUUAUCUCUCUCUCUCUAUCUCUCUCUAUAUUUAUCUAUCACUCAGUCUAUCUUUCUACUUAUCUAUCUCUCUAUUUAUCUAUCUCUUUGUCUAUCUCUCUCCAGUAUCUGUUUACUCAUACCUCUGUUUCAAUCUGCUACUUUCUUCUCACGUCUCUGCUCACAUCUCGGUCUAUCUGUCUACACACAGACAGACACACACACAUAUAUAUAUAUAUCUGUCUCUUUGUCUGUCUCUCUAUUCAUCUAUCUGCCUCUCGAUCUCUCUAUUCAUCUAUCUCUUUAUUUAUCUAUCUCUCUCUCUACCUAUCUCUCUAUUUAUCUAUCUCUCCGUCUAUCUUUCUAUUUAUCUAUCUCUCUAUUUCUCUAUCUCUCUGUCUAUCUAUCUAUCUAUUUAUAUAUAUCGCUAUCUCUCUAUUUCCCGAUCUAUUUGUAUAUAUCUCUCUAUCUAUCUAUCUCUCUGUCUAUCUCUCUUUUUAUCUAUCUCUCUAUCUAUCUCUCUGUCUAUCUCUAUCUCUAUCUAUCUCUCUGUCUAUCUUUCUAUCUAUCUAUCUAUUUCUAUAUAUAUCUCUCUCUAUCUCUCUGUUUGUCUAUCUCUCUUUGUAUCUAACUCUCUGUCUAUGUAUUUAUCUAUCACUCUUUAUAUCUAUCUAUCUAUCCUUAUAUAUAUAUAUAUAUAUAUAUAUAUAUAUCUGUUUGUCUAUCUCUCUUUUUAUCUUACUCUCUAUCUCUGUCUAUCUAUCUAUUUAUCUAUCUCUCUAUAUAUCUAUUUCUCUGCCUAUCUUUCUAUUUAUCUAUCUCUCUAUUUAUCAAUAUCUUUUCUAUCUAUCUCUCUAUCUAUUUCUCUAUUCAUCUAUCUUUCUAUCUAUCGCCUUAUCUAUCAUGACAACAGCUUUUGA